GUCCAGCAGGAAGCCCUCCUCUCGUCCAGUCGUUCUCUCCUCUGCGCAGAAAGUUGGCACCAAGCCUGCGUCCGGCGUCCCUGCCCAACGAGCACCAACCCACCGAAUAACCAUUCCGCCGUCCGACCGACGAAUCCGCUGACGAGUGAGGACGAGCAACGCCGUUCAGCCACUACGCCUGCCUUGUGGGAGACUCGGAGGCCCGCGUUGCCGCCUUGCCGGAGGCCCGGUCCGCCCGGAGACUUCCGUUUUCCAUUUGGUGUAACUGUCGAGGUCCGUAUAUCAUCUUCAGAGAAUGACUUCACAGAGGGAGGCAGAAAAUACUAAGCUUAAUGAGGAAACUUUGUCAAAAAAACCGAAGUUGGCAGAUCAGUCCUCUCACUCAUUCUCUCAAUCUCCUCAACUUGCCCUUGAUAAUGCACUUCUUCCGCUUGCAUCAUAUGAUGACGAUGAUGAUGAGGAGGAGGAUGAAGAUGCUGUCAAGGGAGAUAACAAUUUUGUAAGCGGAAGACGAGGGGAAAGUGAGAACAAUUCUGAUAGUGAAGAGGAUGACAAUGAAGAUGAAGGCAAGAACAGAAGUGGAGGUAGGCAAAAACGGAUGGUUGAAGUGAGAAGGGACUGUCCUUAUCUUGAUACAGUUAAUAGACAGGUUUUGGAUUUUGACUUUGAGAAAUUUUGUUCUGUCUCUCUAACAAACUUAAACGUGUAUGCGUGUUUGGUUUGUGGGAAGUAUUACCAAGGAAGGGGGCCAAAAUCUCAUGCAUAUACCCACAGCCUCGAAGCAGGGCACCAUGUUUACAUCAAUCUGCGGACAGAGAAGAUUUAUUGUCUUCCUGAUGGAUAUGAAGUUAUAGAUUCAUCGCUUGAUGAUAUUCGAUAUGUCCUGUAUCCUAGAUUUUCACAGAAACAAGUUGAAGACUUCGAUAAGAACACACAAUGGUCCAGGGCACUUGAUGGAUCUGAUUAUCUUCCUGGAACGGUGGGCCUGAAUAACAUAAAGGAGACUGAUUUUGUCAAUGUUACAGUUCAGUCUUUAAUGCGUGUGACUCCAUUGAGGAAUUUCUUUCUUAUCCCUGAAAACUAUCAACACAUCAAAUCCCCACUGGUUCAUCGAUUUGGAGAGCUCACACGAAAGAUUUGGCAUGCCAGGAACUUCAAAGGACAGGUCAGUCCACAUGAGUUUUUGCAAGCUGUUAUGAAAUCAAGCAAAAAACGUUUUCGAAUUGGUGUGCAGUCCGAUCCUGUUGAGUUUAUGUCAUGGCUUCUUAAUACCCUGCACAAUGAUCUCAGAACUUCAAAGAAAAGCAGCAGUAUAAUCUACCAGUGCUUUCAGGGUGAGUUGGAGGUGAUGAAAGAUAAUGGACAUGCUCAAACCAAUGGUGGUGCUGGAAGUGAGGCAGUCAAUUUUUUCACUGAAACAAGUAAAAUGCCUUUCUUGAUGCUAGGACUUGAUUUACCUCCACCUCCUCUUUUCCAAGAUGUCCUGGAGAAAAACAUUAUUCCUCAGGUUCCAUUAUUCAAUAUACUUAAGAAGUUUGAUGGUGAGACUGUGACCGAAGUUGUAAGACCUCAUAUAGCUAGGAUGCGAUAUCGUGUGACAAAACUGCCAAAGUAUUUAAUUCUGCACAUGCGCCGAUUCACAAAAAACAACUUCUUUGUGGAAAAAAACCCGACUCUUGUAAAUUUCCCUGUGAAAAAUCUAGAGCUGAAGGACUAUAUCCCUCUUCCAUCACCACCCAAGGACAAUGAAAAACUGUGUUCCAAGUAUGACCUGAUAGCGAACGUCGUUCAUGAUGGGAAACCCGGGGAAGGAUCCUAUAGGGCUUUUGUACAGCGCAAGUCUGGAGGACUAUGGUUCGAGAUGCAGGACUUGCAUGUAACAGAGACACUCUCGCAUAUGGUUGCACUCUCAGAGGCAUAUCUACAGAUCUAUGAGCAGCAGCAACAGUAGUAUUGCCUUAAGGCAUUUCAAACUCUAAUUGAAUGUACAUUUUAAUGCUGGCAGAGGUUCAUAUCUUUAUUUUGCGGUGGAGGUGUGGCCGUGCGGGGAUAAUAGCUGCGAGUGCCAGUUAUGUGAACAGUAAUUAUUAUGUCCUAGGUGGCAUUGCUAGAUGGUGUUACUACUAGUACCUUUAUUGCUAUUGUCGUAGUGUUGUCUUAUUAGUAUAGAAAAUGUUAAUUUUCGGGUUUUGAGGUAAUGUUAUGUACUUCUUCCGAUUUAAGUACCAUAUUCUGUUUUAAGAAGUUAUUGUUUAAAUAUAUAAGGCUAACUACGGACUGGGCGUUUAAAUUAUAAUGAAUUGAUCCAUUGAAUGAGAUCGACCG